UUUCCUCUUUGAUGCUGCAUUCGCUUAUCGCUCAAAGGAUCGUCGUGGCAAGUCAUGUGAAAAGGACAACAGCGGCGACAACAACGCUCGCUCUCAGCGUUGCGAUGGCUUCUGCUUCUUUUGCGACGAGCACCCAAUUCAAGCGAAGUCCAAAAUGGAUCUCAAAGACCAGGAGGGCGAGAAGCCAAAGAUAGAUUCAUCUGUCAGACCACCACCGGGGGGCGUCGUCGUAUCCCGCACGUCGGGGGAACCAGCCUUGGGUGGUUGCGCUCACAUUAAUUGACACAUUGAAACAAACAUCCCUGCCUGUCUCACUUUCACGACGAGAAUGUUUUGGGAAUGCGGGAGGGGGGCCUCGGUACAAAAAACAAAUGCCGCAUACGCACGCUGAAGGCUCCGUCGCACCAUGACCUUCUGGCCAAGGUUCUCUGAACAUUUCAAUCGUUCUAUUUUUCAGCGUUCUCCAACGCGGAUGACACAUCUGGCGUGUGAUUCACGUGUGUCUAACGCACGAGAAGCGAAAAUAAGAUACCCCUAAAAAGCAUUAGCGUGCGCUAACGUGUCACUGGCGCGCGACGAGCGAUUUGAGCGAUCUCUAUUAGACCCGUAGAUCACGUUCUCUUGCUGGGACCAAUUAGAGCUUAACCGCAGCUAGUGCCCACUUAACUCACCAUAAUAGCCCGAACUAGUUCUUGCACGGGUGUGUGCAUGCGUGUGUAUGGCGAGAGAUCGCUCGUGGGCGACCGCGUCGCUCUCCACCACAGCUUUGUUAUGGCCCCGUUCUGGUCGAGGUUCUCUGAACAUUUCAAUCGUUCUAUUUUGCAGCGUUCUCAAAUGCGGAUGACACGUUUGGCGUGUGAUUAACGUGUGUCUAGCGCACGGGAAGCGUGUAACAGGGACCAAAGAAGACACCCCUAAAAAGCAUUAGCGUGUGCUAACGUGUCACUGGCGCGCGACGAGCGAUUUGUCGACGCUAGACGAGCGUGUCGAGCGUGUGACUAAACGGGCGAAUAACGACGGGAUAGCGUUUUGCUGGCGUGCCAUUUUUUUUACAGCGGAACGGGAACGAAAACGUUGGAAAUUUCGUAGUCACUUCAGUUGUUCUCGUGCGUUUGAACGGUCAGCAUCAUGCCGGUGGGGUGCGGACGUCAGCAACUAGCGCUGCAAAUAAGAAAGUAAAGCCUCUUUCACUAGCAAUGUCUUUGGAGGAAAAACAAAACCAGGAGGAAGAGCACGUCCGAGAAGUAACGCACCGUGUGACAGACCCUAAACACCACGAAAACCCCAGUGACGACGGCCCGACGCUAACAAACGAUGAGUAACAACCAAGUAACGCUCGAGUAACGACUGACUAACGAUAGCCAAACGCGUGCAACGCUCGACGAACGUUAGUAAAACGUUCCGCGAACGUUCUGGAAUGUUCUGCAGCGUUUAAAAUGAAACGUUGAUGAUCGCUUGUCUCGGUGAGAACUUUUGUGCAUGUUCCAAACUUUUUUUUCCGGACCCGAUUCCCAGCGAUCAUUGACGUUCGCUAGCGUUCAAACAAGGCUCUUCCGGCGCUAUCCCGGCGACCGUGGGCGACUGCCAACGUUUCCUCAAACGCUUUAGAACGCUGACCGCAACGUCAUGGUGUGACGGGGCCUUCAAGCGCCAGUUUGGACUAUUUUACCGGACAAAAUAACAAAAAAGUUUUUUGCGAGGGCCGCAAAACGUGCUUUUCAGUUCAUAAAUGUCAUUUCCUGGCUACUGUUUUUGAAUGUUUCACCUCAUUUUUCAGUCUUCCCGUCAAAUGUAGUUGAGGGAUGACAAAGUUAUCUUUUAGGUGCAGGAGUGUGUGUGAGGCCAUUUGAGUCGUGUGUCUAUGCGAGUGAGUAAUCCUGAAUUAUGCCGCUAACCGCCUCGCUCGCUAAAUUAUUACCAUCUGAAGUACUAAUAUUUUGGGCUUCUCAUGCCGAGGAUAAGGAUUUUGUUUGAUUUUUUUUUUUUUUUACAUUUGCGUGUGCGUUGGAGACAACAGCGCAGAGAUUAGCUUUGGCCGUAGCCGCGGUCGGCCCGUUGGCCGGCAGCUGCGCUAAACCUCUUACGCGCCCAGCGUCGUAACGCACACGCAAACAAACGCGCACACCGAUUGCGUGAAGCCACAUCUGCUCACGCUUGCAUCUGGACCGGCUCAGGUCCUGCAGAAUGACUCAAUGGGAGAGUCUUGCUGUCAUCGUUCGUCGCCCGUUCCCGUCAUCAUGUCUACACGAAGUUGCGCUGCGUAUAAGCGGGCGCGUGCGUGAUCUCACGUGGCAGCGUCUUCAUUUUCCUCCCAUCAGUGUCGAGAUGAAGGUCCAAUUUGGAUUCAUUUACGUCAGAAAACUUUUCGUCCUUUCGAAUGAGCUUCAAUGUUAGCGUACUCGUGCAAAGCGGCUCUCGUUGGAACCGAGUGGCGUUGAGAGACCGCGCGUCGAUCGAUUUAGCCGAGAGGGUCCGAGUUCGGAGGUUGAGGGCAUGGCGCACGCUGCGGCCCACCUGAAGAAGGCCCGCGAGAUCGAGCUUCAUCCCGAGUACAAAGCGCUGCAAAAGGCUCGCGAGAGGCGGCGGCGCCAGCGGGAGAGAGCAGAGAGAAAGCGACAGUCGGACAGCAGCACCAGUUUCCUGCGCGCCGCCAGAGCCGGAAACAUCGAUAAAGUCCUCGAGUUCCUGAAAAAUGGAGUCGACAUUAGCACCUGCAACCAGAACGGUUUGAACGCCUUGCAUUUGGCGGCCAAAGAGGGACACCAGGAUCUGGUGGACGAACUGCUGGAGAGAGGAGCGCCGGUCGACUCAUCCACCAAGAAAGGAAACACCGCCCUGCACAUCGCGUCGCUGGCCGGGCAAAGAGAGGUGGUCCGACUCCUGGUGAAGAGAGGCGCCGACGUCAACUCGCAGUCUCAGAACGGCUUCACUCCGCUCUACAUGGCCGCGCAGGAGAACCACCUGGAGGUCGUGAGAUACUUGUUGGAAAACGACGGGAACCAGAGCAUCGCGACCGAGGACGGCUUCACCCCGCUGGCCAUCGCACUCCAGCAGGGUCACGACGCGGUGGUCUCCCUGCUGCUGGAGCACGACACCAAAGGCAAAGUCCGCCUGCCCGCCUUGCACAUCGCCGCCCGCAAGGACGACACCAAGUCGGCCGCGCUGCUGCUCCAGAACGACCACAACGCCGACGUCCAGUCCAAGAACGGAAUAACGCCUCUGCACGUGGCCUCGAAGCGAGGUAACACCAACAUGGUGGUCCUGCUGUUGGACCGAGGGGCUCAGAUCGACGCUAAAACAAGAGACGGGCUCACUCCUCUGCACUGCGCGGCCAGGAGUGGACACGACGCCGCAGUGGAGCUGCUGCUGGAGAAAGGAGCACCGAUUCUGGCCCGGACGAAGAACGGACUGUCGCCGCUGCACAUGUCGGCCCAGGGCGACCACGUGGAGUGCGUCAAGCUGCUGCUGCAGGACAAGGCCCCCGUCGACGACGUCACGCUGGACUACCUGACGGCGCUGCACGUGGCGGCUCACUGCGGCCACUACCGGGUCACCAAGCUGCUGCUGGACAAGAAGGCCAAUCCCAAUGCCAGAGCGCUCAACGGUUUCACGCCCCUCCACAUCGCUUGCAAAAAGAACCGAGUGAAGGUGAUGGAAUUGCUGGUGAAAUACGGGGCGUCCAUUCAGGCCAUCACCGAGUCUGGCUUGACUCCCAUCCACGUGGCCGCCUUCAUGGGCCACCUCAACAUCGUUCUACUCCUGCUGCAGAACGGAGCCUCGCCCGAUGUCCGCAACAUUCGCGGCGAGACAGCUCUUCACAUGGCGGCCCGAGCGGGCCAGAUGGAGGUGGUGCGCUGUCUGCUGCGGAACGGAGCCCUGGUGGACGCCACGGCCAGGGAGGACCAGACCCCCCUCCACAUCGCGUCCCGUUUAGGGAAAACCGACAUCGUCCAGCUGCUCCUCCAGCACAUGGCCCACCCGGAUGCCGCCACCAUCAACGGUUACACCCCCCUCCACAUCUCAGCCCGGGAGGGCCAAGUGGAGACGGCCGCCGUGCUCCUGGAGGCCGGAGCGUCGCACUCCAUGGCCACCAAGAAAGGAUUUACUCCAUUACAUGUAGCUGCUAAGUACGGAAGCCUUGAUGUAGCAAAACUACUACUUCAACGCAAAGCUCUCCCUGAUGAUGCAGGCAAGAAUGGACUAACGCCGCUCCAUGUGGCAGCUCAUUAUGACAACCAGGAGGUGGCCCUCCUGCUGCUGGACAAGGAGGCCUCCCCCCACGCCACCGCGAAGAACGGCUACACGCCGCUUCACAUCGCGGCCAAAAAGAACCAGACGAGCAUCGCGCGAGCGCUGCUGGAGUACGGCGCGGAGACCAACGUUCUGACCAAGCAGGGCGUCAGUCCUCUUCACCUGGCCGCUCAGGAGGGACACGGCGAGAUGGUCGGCUUGCUGCUGGCCAAGGGCGCUCACGUCAACGCCGCUACCAAGAAUGGCUUGACUCCUCUGCAUCUCACAGCACAAGAGGACAGGGUCAGUGCUGCGGAGGUACUGGCCAAACGUGAUGCCAACCUGGACCAGCAAACAAAGCUCGGCUAUACACCUCUGAUCGUAGCCUGUCACUAUGGAAACGCCAAGAUGGUCAACUUCCUGCUACAGCAAGGCGCCGGCGUCAACGGCAAAACCAAGAACGGCUACACGGCCCUCCACCAGGCGGCGCAGCAAGGCAACACGCACGUCAUCAAUAUUUUGCUGCAGCACGGCGCCAAAGCGAGCGCGACUACAGUGAACGGAAACACUGCUCUGUCCAUCGCCCGGCGUCUGGGUUACAUCUCAGUGGUGGACACGCUCAAAGCGGUCACCGAGGAAGUCAUCACGACCGCGACGACCAUCACAGAGAAACACAAACUCAACGUCCCGGAGACCAUGACGGAAAUCCUCGACGUGUCUGAUGAAGAAGGUGAGGACACAAUGACGGGCGACGGAGGCGAGUACCUGAGAGCCGAGGACCUCCGAGAGCUCGGCGACGACUCCCUCCCGGGACGCUACUUGGACAGCUUCAGCUACAUGAGCCACAACCUGGACAGGCCUCAGCCCCAAAGCUUCCAUCAGAGGGACGGAAUUCUCAUCGAGGACAUGAUUAGCAGCCAUCAAGUUUCGGCACUGUCCAGGGAGCAAGACAAGGACUCGUUCCGCUUGAGCUGGGGGGCCGAGCACCUGGAUAAUGUGGUGCUGUCCACCAGUCUGCUGCAUUCCGGCUUUCUGGUCAGUUUCAUGGUGGACGCGAGGGGCGGGGCCAUGCGCGGCUGCCGUCACAACGGCCUAAGGAUCAUCGUGCCGCCGAGGAAGUGUUCUGCGCCUACGAGGGUGACGUGCAGGCUGGUGAAGAGGCACCGUCUGGCCUCCAUGCCCCCUAUGGUGGAAGGGGAGGGGCUUGCCGGUCGCAUCAUCGAAGUGGGACCCACCGGAGCCCAGUUCCUGGGUCCCGUAAUUGUGGAGAUCCCACAUUUUGCUGCCCUGCGAGGCACCGAGAGGGAAUUGGUCAUCCUGAGGAGUGAAACGGGAGAAAACUGGAGGGAGCACCACUGUGACUUCACCGAAGAGGAGCUCAACCAGAUACUCAACGGAAUGGAUGAAAAACUGGAUUCCCCGGAGGAGCUCGAGAAGAAAAGAAUCUGCCGCAUCAUCACGCGAGACUUCCCACAGUAUUUUGCCGUGGUGUCGAGGAUAAAGCAGGACAGCCAUCUGAUCGGCCCGGAGGGCGGCGUCCUCAGUAGCACUCUCGUUCCUCAGGUCCAGGCGGUCUUCCCUGAAGGAGCCCUCACUAAGAAGAUCCGAGUUGGGCUGCAGGCGCAACCCAUUGAAGUUGAUCUAGUGAGAAAGGUCCUUGGCAACAAGGCGACAUUCAGUCCAAUUGUUACACUGGAACCAAGAAGAAGGAAGUUCCACAAACCAAUCACCAUGACAAUCCCUAUCCCCAAGACCUCAAACAAUGAAGGGGUCGCAUCUGUGUACAGCGGGGAGACGCCCACCUUACGCUUGCUUUGCAGUAUAACGGGCGGGACAACGCCGGCUCAGUGGGAGGACAUCACUGGCUCUACACCGCUCACCUUCGUCAAUCAGUGCGUUUCCUUCACGACCAACGUGUCGGCAAGAUUCUGGCUGAUAGACUGCCGACAAGUGCAGGAUUCAGUUAGUUUUGGCUCUCAGUUGUACAGGGAGAUCAUUUGUGUCCCAUAUAUGGCCAAAUUUGUCAUCUUUGCCAAGACCUUGGACCCCAUCGAGGCACGACUUCGCUGUUUCUGCAUGACCGAUGACAAAAUGGACAAAACGCUGGAGCAGCAAGAGAACUUCACCGAAGUCGCGCGAAGCCGAGAUGUUGAGGUCCUGGAAGGAAAACCAAUAUUCGCUGACUGUUUUGGAAACUUGGUCCCUCUGACCAAGAGCGGGCAGCAUCACGUCUUCAGCUUCUUUGCCUUCAAAGAGAACCGACUCGCCCUCUUUAUUAAAAUUCGAGACACAGCACAGGAGCCGUGCGGUCGGCUUUCUUUCACCAAAGAGCCGCGCACCUACCGCAGUUUGAACCACAACGCCAUCUGCAACCUCAACAUAACCCUCCCCAUAUAUUCCAAGGAGUCUGAUUCCGAGCAGGACAUGGACGACGAGAGUGACAAGAGUGACAAGAAAUUGGAUUGGCAGGACGAUGCUGACAGGAAAGAGGAAACGUUAGCUAUCAUUGCGGAUCUCCUCGGCUUCAGCUGGACUGAGCUGGCAAGGGAACUGGAAUUCAACGAGGAUGAUAUCCAGAUCGUUCGGUCACAGAAUCCCAAUUCACUUCAGGAGCAAAGUCAUGCCUUGCUUCAACGUUGGGUUGAACGUGAAGGCAAACAUGCCACAGAAGAUUGUUUGAUCAAGAGACUGACUAAGAUCAACCGGAUGGAUAUUGUCCAUCUAAUUGAGACCCAGAUGAACAAGUCCAUUCAAGAACAAACCUCCAGGACAUAUGCAGAGAUCGAGAAGACGUUGGACCAUAGUGAAGUUUCAAUGGCUCUGUCUUCAGUGCAAGAGGAUGUGGACAGCCCCAGGAUUAUGAGAAGGGUCGAAUCCGAUCGCAAACCUCCCCCAGCUGUUUCUGAAGAGGACCUCUCUGUAGCGUCUCUCCUGGAUAUUCCUUCAUGGGCAGAGCCGACUGGACACACCCACUCGGAGAGCAUUUGUGGUGACCUUUUGGAGGAGCUUGAGAUCUCACACGAACUCAACCCUUACCUGUGGACAUCAGAUGAUGUCAUUUCACACGAGCGUACGCGCAUUGUCAACUUAGACGGGCAAGAGAUCAUCGCAGAGAUUGGCUCAAUGUCUGAAAGUUCCGAUGAUGAAUUUUUGAGUACCAGAAUUGUGCGAAGGAGAGUUGUCAUUCAGGCUGAUGAAAUGCCCGACCUUCCGACUGAGACUGUGACAGAAGAAAAGUACCGAGAUGAAAACGGGCACAUUGUCGUCAAAAAGGUUACCCGAAAGAUUAUUCGCAAAUGUGUUUCGUCCGACGGCGUGGAACGGGAGGAGGUCUCCGUCCGUGGAUCCCCACAGAGAUCCAUCAGUGUCGCAGAGGGCGACGGAUACUCCAAAGUGGUGAAGCGAACCGUUGUGAAGAGCGAAGGGGACCAUACGGAGGUUACCUUCGCUGAAAGCGAGGGUUUGUCCGCAUCGGGAGAGGCCGCUGAGAUCCGUCAAGUCAGCCUGGCGGAAAGGACGACUGUGGUAGAAGGUAAAAGAACUGUCGCACACAAAGGGGACUCGUCUUUGGACUCCGACCUCCCCUCAGCCGAAGAGGACUUCCAACAGGCACUCGGUUAUAUCGGUGGUUUCACCGGAGCAGAGCUCCCCCAUGUGGUAGAAAGUGAGACGGUCAAAGAUGACGGGACUGUGGUCAGGAGGGCCCACAUGCGUAAAGGUCAGACCGUCAGACGGACGGUUGUGCGAGGAGCCGGGCAGCGCAAACGGGUCUUUCUCGAGCAAGUGGACGGCCCCGCCAAAGGUUCCAAACCACACGAACUCCAGCAGCAUCUGCACCAGCUGUUUCACCACUACUACGAAGAACACCGGGAGGACCGCGACGGAGACCAGGACGAGAAAGAGUCGAAGAACGUGGAACGCGCUCCCUCGCUACACUAACUAUCCUAUGCAUUUGCCACAUGCAAUCCCAGCAUGCACCUCAAAGCUACCACAGUCUUCCCAUUUAAGUCUGGAAAGAUUAUUAAAAAAAAAAAAAUAAUAUUAAUAAUAAUAAUCACUUUCUUUGUUUUGCUGGUGUUACAUAUUCAGUCAUUUCUUUGUUCUAAGAUUGAUUUUUUUUGGGGGUGGGUGGGGGCUUUUUUGGCGACCAAAGAAUAUCUUUCCUGAUCAAUUUUCAGUUUUGCGUCAACAUCGUCUACGUUUGUUUUUGUCUUUAUUAUGUGGUAAAGAAACAAAAAUAUCAGGAAAAUAAAAGUUAUAGUCCACACACACACACAUAAAAAAAAUACUCUCCUGUGAAUGGAUGGUUGAAGUUUAAAAAAAAGAAAAAAAAAAAGAAAAAUGAUUCUCACCGCUGAGCUCAAGUGGGAUUCAACACAAGUAUAUAUUUAUUUCACGCCGAUCGCUGCUGCUGCUGCUGUUGUGUUUUUUGUGCGGGCUCUGUGUAACGCGUCUUUUGGGCAUUCGGAUCGUAUCUAACCUAAUCCCGAUACUCCUGCCAUCUGUAGCCUAGGAAUAAUUAAUCAAUCGUGUGAAGUAGAGCAGGCAUGACUAAUCAACGUGCGUCAUUAUGAUCCCCGGCUUUGUAGUUUUGCCGUUGCUCCUUUCCGACCAAUCCUUUGUUGUUCUGACUUUUGUUGGCGCCGUGUCCGAAAUUAUUGAUCACGGUUCUGAACGACGCGUGCGAGGAAACGUCCCUGUCGGUCCGUGCGUGAGCCCUUUCCUGUCUGAUUGAUUUCAGAUUCUUAGGAUUCUUAUUUUAGAGGGUUAUUUUGCGUGCGAGACAAGAAAUUCUCAGAAAAGGGGGAACGAAUGUGGUUGAAUUUUGGAGGUUUUUUUUUGUUUUUUUUUUUUGUUUGAACCUUCAGCGACUCCAUUGGAUUCCCACUGCACCCCAAACGUGUGACAGGAUUUUUUUGUUCAUUAGUGUUUUGUUUUUUAGGCCAGUGAAAAGCUAUUUAUUGGAAAAAUAUGGCAGAUUUUGCAAUUGCAAUCCAAUUGUAAAGUGAUGAUGGUUCCGAUGUAUGUAUGUAUUUAUUCAUUUCAUGUGAACAUGUCUGUUUGUGUUGAGUGUGUGCCUGUGAAGGAAUUUUAUUUUAUUUUUUCCGUCGGAGUGAUUAUAGAUUUCUUUUACACGAGCUGUAUUUGCACUCCUGAAUGUGAGGAAUUUUACGCCUCCAUGCUUUUUUGCGCACCCGCAGUCUCGCUUUUCGUCUCGGUAAUUCUUUGGCAGGGCAGACGGCGUUUUGAGAACCUCGAGAAAAGCUUUCUUACCUCUCACAGCAUCGCUGCGGUAUGGAAGGCAAAUGAAAUGUUUUGAUUUCACCAUCACGAUUUACUUCGGGGAGAAGAUGGGGACGGAGUAAAACAGAGAAAACAAACUUGUGGAAGUUCACUGUGACAGGCAUACUGUACUUCUUUUCAUUUGAAAGAUCAGCACCCCUUGUUUUUCCCGUGAGGCAGAUACUUAUAUACUCAUAUGAUGCAUAUGUAUAAACAUCUCCGUAUAAGGGCAUGUAUUGCUGUUCAAAUGUCAAAAAAAAAGAAUAAAAACAAAAUGGCUGCAGUGUGUU